AUGGAUGCAAUGAUAUCCGUGGGCGCAGCACUCGGUAUCCUCGAAGCCAGCUCGGAUUCCGAACUUGCGCCUGCACUUCUGCAGCGCCCAGACCUGACGCAACGCCUCCGCGCACUGGUUGGCACCGCGCAGCCUCGCACCGCGCCGGCAUCGCAAAGCACAGCGUCUGCAUGUGCAGGGCACGACCCUGCGACGCAGCAGGCGGCACCGCAGUCGCAAGGCCCGCCUGCGGCCCCGCAAGGAGCACCGCAAACUGCAGUGCCUGCUUUCGGCGGAGGCACGGUCUAUGUGCACGCAGUUCCCACAUGGAACGUGCCAGGCCCGCCACCGCAAGAGCAAAGCACUGCACCUGCAUUCAGGCCAGAUCCCUGGGAGGAACACUGGCGCACCGCACCCCGCACGGACUGGGCCGAUGCAUUUGAUGAUGACUCUGGCUGGCAACGCAAAGGCCAACGCCCGCACAGCAAAGGCAACCGCAGCAAGGGCCAUUACGACGACUAUGAUGAGCGUCGCGCACCGCAACCGCCUGCAAACUCCUGGGGCAAAGGCGCAGCCGAGCCCUGGGAGCACCAGCCUGCACAGCAACGGGAACCCUGGGAGAUGGGUGGCACUGCACCGCCCGAGCCCGCACCGCCCACGGUUGAGAUGAAACCGAGCACGCAAAUUCGCACGCAAAUCCGCUGGAGCCAGCAAGGCAAGCCAAUCUUUAAGAAUUCCAAAUGGAAUUUGGCUUGGCAUCGCAACACGACCGCGCUGCAGCAUGCCAGACCUCCGUACAGGAGGAAGACCUCUGCCACAGCCUCGGCCGCUCCGCACCGCAAGCAACCAACAGGACCCAGGCACACAACAGCUGCAGCGACGACGCAGCGCGCAAUGCCGCUAUCUCCGGCACCUGUCCGCGAACAGGCCCCCACGACAACAAAAGCACGCAAUGCCGCAGCCCGCAAGCUCGCAGAACAGACCUUCAUUGACCUGGUCAAUAGAAUUGGCCCGGCAUGCGAAGCCUUCUCGCAACUCAGUGCAUCAGCAAACUUUGCAUCGCACCUACGCCGGCUGGUGGCACCUUUUGCAGUUAGUACACUGCAGCGCUACCUCCGAGCCAGCCACGUUUUCGUGGAUUUUAUAUCCACUACACCAUCGCAAAGUGGCAAGCCAUGCCUUGGCAACAUCCCAGUCUCGCUUCUGGCGGAUUACAUGAUGGCAUGUUCCGCAAGCAAAGAAGAAGACCGCGAAGUGCACAUGAUGAGCCCCGUAUCCAGCGCUAAAGCACUUCGCUGGGUUGCCAAGACCCUGCAAUGGCAAGCAUUGUCAGAGGCAGUGUCAUCUCCUGUCAUAUCAGCAUAUGGCAGGCAAUCGCGCGAAUACCACCGCAAGGAAGCGACUCCCCUUCCUAUGGCACUGCUUGCAUGCUGGGAACGCACUGUCUGCUCAGCAGAAGCACCCCUCACUACCAAGCUUUUCUUGGGCGCCGUUCUGCUCUGCACGCAUGCAAGCCUCCGCUUCGGCGAUGCACAAAGAAUAGAAUGGACUACACUGCAGCUCAGUGCGCAGGGGUUGCACGGCACGGCCUAUGCAACCAAAACCACGAAAUGUGGGCAGCCGUUUGCAUGCACUUGGCACGGAAUCACCGGCAGAUGCAUACACUCUUCAUGGCUAUUGCAAUGGUUGUCCUGCCUCGUAGAGGUAGGCACGCAAGCCGACCUAGAGCCAGAUUUUCUCUUCUUUCAUGCAGAUUUGGGAUCGCACAAGCACCCACAAGUGUUCCCCUCCAGCUACGCGCACGCACUGCUCUGCCUCAGAUUUAUGGCACAACAAGCCGGACUCUCAGAGCCGGAGGCGUUUGCGCUCACACUGCAUAGCAUGAAAUCCACCAUGCUGGCGGCAGCCGCGCAAAUUAAGUUCGACGAGCACGCACGCCUCGCACAGGGACAUCAUCGGGACAGCCUCCGCCUCUACAGCCGCAAUGACACUCUAGAAGCACUUCGACUCCAACGCGAGUUAAGCACGCAAUUGGCUCAAGGAUGGAGACCGCAACGCAGCAUGGCCAGAGGCGGCGCAGCCCCUGUACCCGAACCACCUUUCAGCACACCACCGCAGCCCCCGCAGCAACUGCUAGACUACGAACAGCUGCAGGCAGGGACAUGGGCAGUCUUCACAUCACGACACGAAAGCCUGCACCGCGACACCGGCACCCAGCCGCCCGAGACAGACGAACUGCAGAGCACACGUUCUGACACCGACUCAGAAGCAGAAUUGGUGGAGAAGUAUGCGCGGGCACGCACGCAAAGCUCAGAGGAGGAAUCUGAGGAGCCUACUGCUCCCGCACCGGAUGAGGAGCUUUUCGUCUGCUCGGGGCCCUGGAACGCCCUUCACAGCCCCACGCGCAGCUCGCAUCUAGAAUAUGAACUACUUUAUGGAUCUAAUCCGCGGCACGCAGACGUGCUCAUAGCCGCCUGCGGUGCAGACCUGGGCUCCAUGCCUGUGGUCAUUCAGACUCAUGUGCCGACUACGCCGAGAGGCCCCUGGGGUGGACAGGGCUCCUUUUUCUUGUCUGCGCUUGCAUUUCUCGCAUGCUUUCAUGUUCCUGCACGCUUUGCACUGAGCGCAUCCCGCAAGCCAAGCAUGGCCACGCAAUCUGGGGCGGACGCACCUGGAGGGGCACCGCACUCUGCACACGAUGAGCUGAACAACGAAGAGGGGCUGCAGCGCAUCCUGCGGGAGCUCUGCGUACCACCAGCAAUGCACCAGGCAUUGCGAGCGCAGGGCAUAUGCUGCAUCGCAGAUUUUGCCUACGCUUAUAACAGCACCGCCGACCUCGACAACUUUGCCGCGUCCAAGGACGAGGAGUUUUGGACGGCGCUGCAAGUGACCGAGCAACCGCUGCACAGCAUGCCCAUGGCGCGCCUGCGCCGCGCACUGGUGCAAGCGCAAAUCCGCGUCAAGGCCUACGAGGCAGAGACGCAUCGCACAGAAGAGACCGCACCGCAGAGCUCGGCACCUUCUUCCAGCACAGCACCGCCCACGGACUCCUGGGUGGAGCACGCACCGCAACGCCUAGACAGCGACACCGUGGCAAAGCUCACUGCAGAGUUUAAGGAGGCCUAUCCAGGAGAGCUUCUGGAUAGCGCAAGCACGCCAAGCAUUCGCCUGCUCAGCAUGGUGCACGCAUGGUUUAAAGACCCGGCACAGCCCCGCAUCAAGUACAUUCCUUGGCAAUUUCGCAUGUCGCAACGCCAAUACACCGAGAUCAUUGAGGCCAAGGCGCACCGCAUUGUUCGCACUGAGGCACAGCUCAUCAGCACUGCAUUGUUCGACGACACUCCGACGCUCAGCAUUGCAGAGGUCAACAUUAACGAAUCGUGGCUGCAAGCAAAGCAGCGCAUCUUUAGCAACGCAAUAGCACUGUGCAAAGGAGCACACCUGGCAGUGCUCAAAGCCUUCGACAGCAAAGUCUGUGAGCAAUGCACGCAAGUUUGGAAGCCCGGUCACGGGCUCCGCAACGUGAGCACCGAAGAAAUGCUAGAUGCAGACCGCAAGAUCUGGCGCAGCAUUGCCACGCUUGUCGAGGAGCAAGGCUUCAGCCUCGACGAAGCACUGCACGAAAUGACGCAUGUCCGCGGCGACAUUGCCACUCUCAUGCAAGCACGGCCCCGCAUGCCGGCGAUGCCGCCCGCACUGCAUGCACCUUACACGCCGCCAGGCCCUCCUAAAGGGCCUAGGAAGGGCACCGGCAAAGCAGGCAAAGCAGACAGCCCGAACAGACCGCAACACACUAUCGACAAGCAUCAGGCACAGCAACUAGAGCGCGCCAUGCAAAACUUGCAAAUCACGCAUGGCAAAAAGACGCUCUGCCUGCGCUACAACAAGACGCAAUGCAACAACGCCAACUGCAAGUACGAGCACCGCUGUGCCAUCAAGAUGCCGAAUGGCCAAGCAUGCGGCGGACAGCAUCCUGCACACAAGCACCGCUUUAAGCAACCACGCAGCGGCACCGACACCGAAGGCUGUGGUGGACAGGCACUUGCACUGUUUAUCCCCCCAGCCACGCACAGCCAGAUGGACAUAUUGAAGGACCCUGCAGAAGCACACAAGCUCCUGCAGCUAGCAUACUCCGGCCUGGUAGGACUGCUGUGGUGCGACGCCCUGGAAGAGGUGCGAGACGAGGACAUCCAGCAGCGUCUCCUGGACAUCACUAAAGCAGUGCUGGAAACGGCAGGGCACUUUUUCAUCACUCUGCCAGCGCACCUGCCAGACUCCUGGCACAAGGAUAUCGCCGCAAGCUGCAGCGGACUUGGCAACUCUGGUCGUCUCGCCAG